AUGGCUUCAAUAACCGUUUAUCGUGGUACCUCGGGUGGAAAGGUUCAGCAGGGCACGAUUGCCUGGCCUGGUCCUCCAAAAGCCCAUCAAGUGACUGUCCGCAUCACUCAUUCCGGCCUGUGCGGUACCGACGAGCACUACAAGUCACAAGACAUGGUUCUUGGCCACGAGGGAGUUGGCAUCGUCGAGGCAAUUGGCGACUCUGUCAGAACCUUCAAGGUUGGAGAUCGGGUUGGUUGGGGUUACUGUCAUGGUAGCUGCCUCAACUGCGAGUCUUGUCAUCAAGGCCAAGAGCUUUACUGCGAACAACGACAGCUAUAUGGCUUUGACGAAUUUGACCAGGGCUCAUUCUCGACUCAUGCGACUUGGAAUGAGCAUUUCCUCUCCCGCAUCCCGGAAAGCAUUCUUUCCGCCGAAGCAGCCCCCUUGAUGUGCGCAGGUGCAGCCGUCUACUCAGCUCUGCGCAGUGCAGGAGUCCAGUGGCAUCAUCGAGUCGGGGUUCUCGUCCUCGGGGGACUGGGUCACCUCGCUGUUCAGUAUGCCGCCAAGAUGGGAUGUCACGUUACUGUGUAUUCUCACUCACCCGGUAAAGAAGAAGCAGCAAGAAAUCUAGGAGCGUCAGACUUCCAAGUCAUGGGUAGUGAUUCUCUCCCUGGUCGCGCCGUUGACUGUCUGCUCCUUGCCGGUGCUCAACAACCAGACUGGUCUACAGUUCUGCCGCUGGUUCGGCGAGGUGGUGUCAUCACGGCCAUGACUGUAGAUUCAUCCGAGCUGCGAUGUCCAUAUGGGGAGAUCCUGAUGGGUGCUAUCCGGAUUCAAGGAAGCCUACCUGCCGCACCAAACGUCCAACGCGAGAUGCUCAGAUUUUCGGCGCUCCACAAGAUAAAGCCAAUCAUCGAGACUUUCAAAUUUAGUGAAGAUGGCAUCAAUGAGGCUAUGGCGAAGCUUCGUCAGGGCAAGAUGAGGUACCGCGGUGUGCUAGUAAUGGAAGCUUAA